AUGGGGAAGGACUACUACAAAGCGCUGGGGAUCCAGUCCGGAGCCAAUGAAGACGAGAUCAAGAAGGCCUAUCGGAAGAUGGCCUUGAAGUACCACCCAGACAAGAACAAGGACCCCAACGCGGAGGAGAAGUUCAAGGAGAUUGCGGAGGCCUACGAUGUGCUGAGUGACCCCAAGAAGCGGGCCGUCUAUGACCAGUACGGGGAAGAAGGGCUCAAAACUGGUGGCGGCUCAUCGGGCACUUCUGGGAACACCUUCCACUACACCUUCCACGGAGACCCUCACGCCACCUUCGCCUCCUUCAUUGGGGACUCCAACCCCUUCGACAUCUUCUUCACCAGCGGCCGCUCCCGGGUCUUCAACGGCUUCGACCACGACGACAUGGACAUCGACGACGAUGACAGCGGUGACCCCUUCAGUGCCUUUGGCCGGUUUGGCUUCAACGGGCUCAACGGCGUCCACCGCCGCCACCCGGAGCCCAUCCACAUGCGCCGGAAGGUGCAGGAUCCUCCCGUGGUCCACGAGCUGAAGGUGUCCCUGGAGAUCUACCACGGGGCCACCAAGCGCAUGAAGAUCACCCACCGGCGGCUGAACCCGGACGGCCGGACCAUGCGGACGGAGGACAAGAUCCUGAACAUCGUCAUCAAGCGCGGCUGGAAGGAGGGCACCAAGAUCACCUUCCCCAAGGAAGGAGACGCCACUCCCGACAACAUCCCCGCCGACAUCGUCUUCAUCCUGAAGGACAAGCCGCACUCGCUCUUCCGGAGGGACGGGACAAACAUCAUCUACACGGCCAUGAUCAGUCUGAAAGAGGCCUUGUGCGGCUGCACCGUCAACAUUCCCACCGUGGACGGGCGCGUCAUCCCGCUGCCCUGCAACGACAUCAUCAAGCCGGGCACCGUGAAGAGACUGCGUGGCGAGGGGCUGCCCUUCCCCAAGGUGCCCACCCAGCGCGGGGACUUGAUCGUAGAGUUCAAAGUCCGCUUCCCGGACAGAAUAGCCCCCCAGACCCGGCAGAUCCUCAAGCAGCACCUCCCCUGCUCUUAGGGCCCCCCCUCCGGGCUGGACGGCCCCCGGCCUCCCUGCCAGGCCGGCCACCUUGCCUUCCGAGCAGCAAUACUUCACGCACGGGUGCUGCGGUCCACUCGACCUUCGCGAUGCACGGGGAGGGGGAAGCGCCCCUGGCUGCCCACCCAUGUCCUCCUUUUCCAAGAGACGCUCUGACCUGGCUUGUGUGCGCACUCUUUUGCCCCACGCCCGGCUGGCACCCACCCACUCGCUCUCUCCCCCUCUCCCUCCCUCUUGAGCCUGGCACAAGCCUCGAGACCCCUCUCGCCGCUCCUGGAGGGUUUCUACUGGGCAGUUUGACAAGCAGCCGGGACGUGGCUACCCCCAACCUGCUCCGGUGUAAAUAGGACCCGGACUUCUCUCCUGCUUCCUGUGGACGGUCUGAGGACUUCUCUAAGCGACUCUGUGCUCUGGCUGCCACUGGGCAACGUGCCAAGGAGCCGUCCGAUCCUGCCUUGCAGAAGCAGGGCCCAUCCGCACCUGGACUGGGCCCCCACGGUGCCAUUCCUCCGUCGCUUUGUGCCUCCGCGGGGAACGGAGAAGGCCUGCUCUUGCCCUCUGCUCCCGCGCCACCUUCGCUUUGGAGCCCACGAGACGUCUGGGCUCUGUGGAGCCAACCUCACCUGCCUGGGUGGGUCUUCCAGCCGCUGUGCCAACUUGCCGCAUUUGCCAUGGAGCUCGAGGCCUGCUUGGCUUGGCGGCUCCUGGUUUUUUGGGUUUUUUUAUGCUUAAUAGAAACUUUGCAAGGGUUGCUUUGUACUGUCCGGUGUGGUUCAUCUGAGCGCUCCCUUUUUUUUUGCGGGGGCCGGGGAUGGGAAGAGCCGGCCUGAGAAGGGCGCAAGCUACGUAGGCCUCAAGGUUCAGAGCCAGGGUCCGAGGAGAGGUCCGAGGGGAGGUGUAUGUGUGCAUGUCUAGGGGUAUGGGGGUGCCAUUUUUCAGGGAGAUCCGGAAGGGCCAGGCCAGCGUGGGGAAGAGGAGGAGAGUCGCCGGGAGACCUGCUUGUGUGGUGCUUUAUUUUAGAGGCUGCAUUUUAAAAAACUUUUCAGAGGGACAUUUUCAGAGAAGCGUUUCUUAUCCUCUCCAGCUGAGACUUUGCUCCACCCGCAGGGAAGUGAAGUGGGCUUGACUUCCAAAGGGUUUUGACGCUGUUUUGCAAAAGCACCCUUUCUCCUGCCCCCCUCCGUUAAAACCCCUCCCUGACAAAAUGUGGUGCCAAAAGCUUGGGAUCCCUGACUUCCAUUUUGCCUGUCCAGAAGCUGCUUUCUCUGACUUGAAACGGGGGCGCCUGCCUGGACUGCCCACAGCAGUGCCCCGGGGGGGGGUAGGGGUGGCGGCGAGCAGAGUGACCGCCUGCUUCAGCCUGGCUUUUUUCCUGAGCUGACCCUCGACUUGCCCUGUGGUCGGGCAGAGAGUCUGGACGCAGCGCAGCGGCUGCUGCUGCUUCCUGUAUAGCUGUACAGAACCUCACACUUUGGGUCCUUUUAAUGUGCAAUUUUUCUCUCCCAGGAGAUUAAAACUGUUAACGCAGUGUUGAACUUACCAACCAGUUUGAAUGGUUAAGACGAUGCCUUUCUUUGCCCCCCCCCCCGACGUGUGUGUGUGUUUUUUAAAACAAAUACAAAAAAACUCAGGCUGCUGGUGGAGGUGGGCUGGGCUGGCAGGUGAGAGCGGGGCUGGGAGGAGCGCCUCUGGGGUUUUUCUCCGUUUCAGGGAGACCCCGAGUGGUUUUAUAGCGGUUUUUUUGUAUUUCUUUAUUCUUUUGUAAUGUCCCGUAUUAAUAUUUAAAGAAAAUAAAGUAUUUU